AUUUUCACCUAUAUAUCUAGAAGAAACUGAUGUUACAUAGAAAGCCAAUUUAAAACUGAUUUCUCUUGAAGACUGACAUAACAUACAUAAAGAACCUCUUGAAGAAGAUCUUGAAGACUGAAAGACCGAAAACUCAACAAAAUGGCUGAAUCAAUACGAAUUCUGUUGAUGGUGACAAUUACUUACGCCAUUUUGCCCACUUUUGCUCUCAUUCCAGAACAAGAGAUCCACCUGGGUGACGGCACGAUGCUGCUGCCGCGUGUGGCGUGCGACCUGCUGGCCGUGUUGACUGUCGGCCAUUCGGUGUGUUCCGCGCGCUGUAACGACAGUGGCUUCCGCGGUGGAGCCUGUGAGAACUCCGUGUGCAGGUGUCAGAGGAAGUUUUAA